AGUCACCUUUCAUUUCUCCUCAGUCAACCUUCUAAAUAGUGGCUCCUAACUUCCACUGAAACAGCUUUCACACGGCAGACUGCCUCUACGAACAGGAAAAAAAAAAAAAAACACACGACAUAUUAAGCCUGAAUGUGCGCCCCAAUGAGCGCCUAAUUGACUGGACACAUGUGCUGCCUGUAACUAAGCUGGUCCCGGGUUCCUGUGAUCUGUGGAGCAGGUACUCCGGGAGACCAAUUGGCAGGAGCUCCGGUCCAAUCAGCUCCCUUCCUGCGCAGCGUAAAGCCACUUGGGGCGAGCGUGGAGGGCCGCUUGCUCUCGGUGCGCAUUUGUGAACAGACGCCCUCUGGGAGCGCACAGACUUGCGGCACUGUUGAGUUUUCUAGCAGCAUCUUCAGAGGGUUAGAUUGUGCAGGCAGCCCUCCUCCUCCUCCUCCCCGCCCCACCUUUUCCACCACCCGCGGACACCCCACCAUCCUUCGGUCAAGAUGCAACUUUAAGGAGCGAGAGGAAGUUAAGAACGACGAUCCAGUUUUGUUCUUCCUGCCUAGAGAUGAUGUUCUCUUCCGCCGGGAAGCGCUGCUUCACGAUAGAGUCUCUGGUCGCCAAAGAGAGCCCCCUGCCAGCCGAGGACCCCAUCCGGCCGACGGCGUUGAGUUACUCCAACCCGACCACAGAUGCCUUAAUGAACGGCUACCAGGCUCCGGCGGCCAGGCCUCUCUACCAGAGCCCGGAGCUGGUGUUCCCGGAGACGGUGAACCACCCGUCCCUCACCGUGGCCCCGCACCAGCUCGGAGGCUCCCACCUACAGCAUCCGCACUUCUUCGGCACGCAACACCGGGACCCGCUCAACUUCUACCCCUGGGUGUUACGGAACAGAUUUUUUGGACACAGAUUUCAAGGUAACGAGGUGUCCCAGGACAGCCUGCUCCUGCACGGCCCCUUCGCCCGGAAGCCCAAGCGCAUCCGGACGGCCUUCUCUCCGUCGCAGCUGCUUCGCCUGGAGAGAGCCUUCGAGAAGAACCACUACGUGGUCGGAGCCGAGAGGAAGCAGCUGGCCAACAGCCUGAGUCUGAGCGAAACCCAAGUGAAGGUUUGGUUCCAGAACAGACGGACGAAGUACAAGCGCCAGAAGCUGGAGGAGGAGGGUCCGGACAGCCAGCAGAAGAAGAAGGGGAACCACCACAUCAACAGGUGGCGCAUCGCCACCAAGCAGGCCAGCUCCGAGGACAUCGACGUGACCUCAGAGGACUGAACCCACACACGGGCCUGAGCGUCAGAGGACCAACACUAUUUAUUAUGUAAGAUUAUUAAAAGCGUUGUUAGACUCAUUAGAGGAAGACUCAAGGAUUCCAUGUGCGAUCACUCCACGUCUUCAUCGAGGAGUUUGGACGUCGAGCGCCACCGCGACGACAGCGGAGCAUCAUUUCAUGAUGGCUGAAGAGAAAAGUCGUACCCUACAGUACCAUGGUGCUCGCUUUUUUCUUUUUUUCUUUUCCUUUUUUGUACAUAGGCCAGUAAUGAAGGUUAACAAAAAGCUAAUUGUUUGAUCACUUCCACCUUACUUCACUCGCUUUCACCUGUGCACCACAUUAAGUCGAACUCAUCCUCGAAAGGAAGCUGUGGUCAGUCAGUGAACAUGUUGGUGAAACGGAACGAAACAGAAAACUUCUCAGACUCCUCACCACUUUUAUUUUUAGAGACGGUCUUCGUUGUCCUGCUAAUGAAGGUUUCCCACCAGCAGGAGGCGACCUGUGACCCCGGGAAGCAAGUUGAGUCGCAAUCACGAAAUCAUCGUCUUUUGCCACCGUGGAACCAUCGCCCUAGGCGAUGCACAAGACAACACGUCCCCGUUUGUUGCAGAUUUUACGAAGCGCCGCGUGUAGAGCGAGACGUGUGCGGAAGCGUGUUUUUCGAGCACGAAAUGUAUUUACAGACAGACGGCUUUGGAAAUAAAAACUUUGAGACGUGCUCCUGUUGCAUGGGAGAUUGCUGCGUGUUGUUUUAAUUGAGGCAGCAGUUUGUUCCCAGCAGCUACAGCAGCUGCAGAUUUCACUCAUUAGGUUGAUGCUCUCCAUCUGAGCUAGUGGAUGUGCAGACUGCUGUGAAACGUGCUGCUGCAGGGGCUGAUAAGACAAACCCCCAAACAUUUAAGGCUCAGUGGUGACUGGGAUACAGCGACAAAAUUAUUCAUUUUGUCACAUUACAAACACAAAUCCCUGUGUAUUUUAUGCAACUGACUUAUACAAAUUAGCGUAUGGUUGUAAAAUGGAGGGAAAUGAAUCCAUGGAUUUCAAAUAUUGUUUCAAAUAAACAGAAAAGAGUGAUGAGCGUUUGUAUUCACACCCCUUUACUCUGAUAGCACUAGAUGAAAUCUCUCAUCUAUUUACAGUCGCCUAAUUAGUAAACUGGCUAUAAUAUAAUUGUUCCAUUUGGAGAAAGAAGUGAAGGACGAUUAUAAGCUGAAGUAUUGGGCUGACAGAAUAGGAAUUAGCUAAAGCUACAGUUCCAGAUUCUGAUCAGACUGAAAGAAUGUCUCCUAAAUGUAUAAAAUUCACUAAAUGUAUUUUUAUUUCAAAGCAGAAUAUCAUUCGUCUCUGUUUUAAUAGUAAAACCAGCACACUGUUUGGUAAUAAAUUCAAACUUCUGGC